AUAUGUAUAUGUAUCGCGUGCUUUAAACAAUAUAUUCACAAUGUAUAAUUAAAUAAUAAAGUAAUGAUUAAGAUAUAUGUACAAGUAUUUAAGUAAGUGUGCGUAAAAAUAUAUAAAAAUUUGAAAAAAAAGCGUAAUCUUAGCAAAAGUAAGAUAAGAAUUUAUCCAAAUGAUGCAAUUCAUGAAAUCCAUGCGUUGAAUGAUAAAUAUGACUGAAGAUAAAAAAGAACACGUGUCGUAUCUUAGUGGGGUCGAAAAUGUUUCUCAUGUAUAAUAAGUGAAGUCUUCGAGUUACGUCCAGUCUUUAUUCGACUACGGUUUGAUGCGUCGAGUACGUUUUUACUAACAUCGUUACUCCGUAAAUCUGCGUUUCCUCUUAUUUUCAACGGAACAAUCAUUCAUCGUACUGAUUGUACUGAGGAUUCAAAAGAAACCAGUUCGGAAGAAAAAGAAAUUAAAAAGAGUUCCGUCGAGUGGAAGUAACGACAACGAGGCGAGGAGGUGAGAGAAGAAAACGCUCGAGAUGUAAUGUGAGUUAUGUGAAUCGUGAGACGCGGCUUUGUCACACAUUUUGUUAGUGUGAGCGGAGCAACGCCCUUCCUCCCAAGUCUGCCCUGCUGCGUCAGGAGACACACAUCCAAGUCCAACGCUGCGCGGCGCCCGGCGGCUAGUGGCUGGACACGGCUGAACGUAGUGGACACUGGACAGUGGACCGAGUGGACACGGUGCGGCGCGGCGCGGAAGAAGCUUAUCUUUCAGGCUGCGGCGCGCAGCGCAAGCGCUUGAGCGCUGAUCAACGACGUACCGUAUUCGUCGUAUACCGUUUGCCGUAUUGCCACGGUAUUCGAGUACUGCCGCAGCCGGACGCAACCGUGGCGCGGAUUGGAUUAAUACGCAGACGGUCUGGCACUGGUGGUGUGUGUCUGUGAUGGUGUAUGAAUAGUAAGCGUUGGCAAGUGGUGAGCGACGAGCACGAUAUUCGCCGUCCGUCCCGUCCUGUCGCGUUAUUGGCCCUCGGCUCUAGACAGCUCCAGACGCUCUAGUCUCUGGCGCCGCGAGUAUCUCGUCAGUCGGCGAGCGAUCGAAGGUGUGUGUGUGUGUGUGUGUGUGUGUGUGUGUGAUCGGGACGACGGCGACGACAAUGGCAACGGCGGCGGCGGCGGCGGCGGCGACGGCGACGACGACGACGACGACGACCAGGACCACGACCACGACCACGAGAUUGCAUGCCGUCGUUGGCACGUGCGGCGAUGGGAAGAUGUUGCAGCCGUCGUCACUACGGAACGGUUUAACCUCGCCCGGCGUCGAGAAUACCUAUAAAAACGGCAUCAAUGGUUAUACGCUGACGAGAAACGGCCACGUACACUCUGCCUGUGGUUCAACUAAAGCGGAAUUACAAAAAACAUCACGGUCAAAGGAGUCCUUUGAAAAAGUCUCGAUUAUCACAGCGGCACUUACACACCUCGGUUUUUAUAUCCUCAUGUUCCUGGGAUUUAUUAAUCAGUUAUUCUUUGUUCCGAAGAUUGCUACGGAAAAGAAUAGAGAGGGAUAUGCUCCGCUCUACGACAAUUUCGAAAAGUUUUAUCUCAAGUAUGUCUACAGAAGAGUAAGAGAUUGUUGGAAUAGGCCGAUUUGUUCGGUUCCCGGUGCAACAGUCACAUUAAAAGAUCGUGUAACUCAUGAUUACGGAUGGACGUUUCAAUUUACUGGGACUGAAACGCAAUGUAUAAAUUUGGGCUCUUAUAAUUAUUUAGGGUUCGCCGAAGCGAGUGGUAAGUGCGCCGACGAAAGCAUCGAAACGCUUAAGAAGUUCGGUUGUGCCACUUGCAGCACGCGUCUUGAAUUGGGUACUAUGCCAAUACAUGAUGAACUAGAAAAAUUAACUGCAAAAUUUUUGGGAGUGGAAGACGCCAUAGUAUUUGGAAUGGGAUUCGCCACGAAUUCUUUAAACCUACCCUCUUUGGUUAGCAAAGGCUGUUUGGUUCUUAGUGAUGAGAAGAAUCACGCGUCGCUCAUUCUCGGAUUACGAUUGUCUGGUGCAGUGAUACAAAUCUUCAAACACAAUAAUGUGAAACACUUGGAAGAAUGUUUGAAGAAGGCUAUUGUUUUUGGGCAGCCAAAGACCGGCAAACCCUGGAAAAAGAUAGUCAUCAUUGUCGAGGGUGUUUAUUCCAUGGAAGGCUCAAUCGUCCACUUGCCCGAAAUAGUAGAGUUAAAGAAGAAAUAUAAAGCCUAUCUCUAUGUGGAUGAGGCGCACAGCACAGGAGCCAUGGGACAACACGGAAGAGGAGUUUGCGAUUAUUACGGCACUGAUCCGCGCGAAGUGGAUAUACUUAUGGGAACGUUUACAAAAAGCUUCGGCUCUGCGGGUGGAUAUAUAGCUGGAACCAAGGCAUUGAUAAAUCACAUAAGGAUAUAUGGUCACGCGCAUACAUACGCAGCAUCGAUGUCUCCACCCGUUACGCAACAAAUUAUUACGUCAAUGCGAAUUAUCGCGGGAGAAGAUGGCACUGACGCUGGUGAAAAACGUAUCAAACAAUUGGCUAAGAACACGAGAUACUUCAGACGCAGAUUGAAUCAGAUCGGAGUUAUAAUUUAUGGAAAUGAAGACUCGCCCGUUGUGCCUAUGCUAGUUUACCUAUUUUCUAAAAUUGGUGCAGUGAUUCGUAUUCUGACAACCCGUAGCAUUGCGACCGUUGGCGUUGGAUUCCCAGCGACACCGUUAAUGGAAGGCAGAAUUCGAUUUUGUCUUUCCGCCGCACACACAAAGGAACAAUUAGAUUACGUGUUAUCGCAUAUCGAGGAGAUUGCAGACAUAUUAGGAUUAAAAUACUCAAGAAAACCUCGCACUUCUACAAAAAUAGAAUAUUCCGACAGCGAAACGGAAUGACCUACCUCGUAAAGUAAUAAAUCGUUAGACGAUUUAUUUCUGUGAUGGGUGUUGAAAUAGCAGAAAGCUUUAAAUAUUACCGCAGCUCCAAUAGGGCUCAUCUCAUCGUAUGAUAUAUCUUAUAUUGAACGAGAAAGUUAUAUUACAAAUAUCACAAUAAUAAGCUAGCAUUUACAUAAAUUUUUCAUGAAAAUGUGUGAAUCUAAUGGUGUGUGUGUGUGUGUGUGUGUGUGUGUGCGUGCGUGUGCGCGCGCGCGUGUGUAACCAACUACGUGGAAACUUUUUGCUAUUAUAGUUUUUUUUUCUAAUGUCAAUUUUAUGUCAUUAAAAAGUGCUAUUUACAACCAUUUUAACAAGCAGAAAUAACAUUCCAACAUAUUUUAGGUAGAUUAUGACUACAACUUUAGAAAUACAUGGCGCUUUGUUUAUAGAGUUAAGUAGAUAAUGUGUAACAAUUAAAUUGUUACAAUUUGUUCUUUCACCUUUUAUUUUGAAGGAAUUACACUGCCUCCAGAUAUCUUCUUACUUUUCACGAUCCAUACGUAUUAAACGAACAAACGAAUUCGAUAUUACAUCAAAAUUCGAUAUGCGUCAAUAAAUUAUAUAUUGUACAUACAGAUAAUUUUAUUGUUUACACAUUCUUACAGUAUUCAUGCAUAGUUUAAAUGUUUUAAGAUUGUGUUAAAAUAUACUUAGAUUAAAAAUAUUGCGAAUACUAAAUUUAAAGCUAUUAAAUGUUUUUGGCUUUGGCUCUUAAAAAAUGUUACAAUGAAAUCGAGUCAGAAUUAAAAUCAAACAAAUAUUGAUUAUAUUUAAUUGCGACUUAAUAAAACAAUGAACUCCGAUAUGAUAACUGUUCGUUGACAUAGAUUUUAACAUUUAAGUUGAUAGUCAGGUUUCUCAAUCUUUCAAUAAGAAAACCUACACAAUACAUAUCAAUACAAUUUCUAAGUAAAUGUUUGACAUUUAUUUUUAACGUCGCUUUUUAAAAUUUUGAUAUUUGGAUACUUUUUCUUUUAUAAUAAGUUAUUAAGGUAAGUUAAAUAAUUUCUUUGAAGUACUUUAAAUGAGAGAUAAUACAUAACAUUGACGAUGCAAACAACGUCAAUUGAAUGAAUAAAAAAAAAUAUUUCAAAUUAUCGCACUAUUAAAUAUUUAAUAAUCUACUAGAUUUUAUUUUUAUUUCAUUAAGCGUACUGCCACCCUUGUAAUAUAAUGUAAUGAUCUUUUAAUAUUUAUCGAAAUAUGUGUGACUGGAUGAAUUAAGUUAUCAUGAUAUUAGAAUUUACAUGCACAAGUUUUUUAAUUGCUCUUUAAUUGCACUGUCAUAGUUAUAAAAAAAAUAAAUAUACAAAAUGUAACAUACAAUAAAAAUACAAGAGAUACGAUCUUAAUUGCUAUAACAUUGAUAUUUGUUGCAACACAGCAAUGUAAAAUAUUUCAAAUUUAUUUCUUACUACUAAAACUUAUAUACAGACUCAAAUGAAUUGUGUGGCCAAAUUGUUUUAAUAGAUCGAAAACAUUCAAGCUUUUGAAAAUUUAAACACACUGAACGGAAGUAAUUGAGUUGUUUGAUCGCAAGUAGUCAAAAGUAUCCAAAGUUGAAAUAUCAAUGGAAAUCCGAGUGAAAAUAGUUUUAAUUGUAAACAAGAAUAAUCAAUUUUUGCUCACUUCUUGUUGUCAUGUAUUGUUUAAUUUUAUCUUGCUAUUCUACCUGAAUUUUGAAUAGAAUUGGUCAAUUAUUUCUCCGGACUUUAAUAAUCUUAACAAUUUAAGAUUUAAGCUUUACAUUUGAUUUACUUGAGUUGCUCAUUGUAAACAAUUUUUAUGGGCAUUACUUGUCAUUUGAAAUAAUACAAAUGAUGAAACCAAUGGCAACCAAUAUUUAGGUAUAAUAGCACUAAUCAAACAUAAAAGAAUUAGGAUAUUUAGGUAUAUCUUAUUAACUAUUCUUUUGUGAUCAUAUUACAUGCUAACAUAGCACGCAUUUAAUAUCAUUUGUUUAUGCGAGCGAUAGAUAAACGCAACGCGAGCAAUAAAGGAACAUCACAAACAAAAACUGUACUAUUAUCGCAUAUGCAUAAUUUAUUAUUAUCUAUAUAUUAUUUUAUUACAUCUUAAAGACAUCUUAGGUCCCGAAUUUGGACAUGUAUGUUGUCCAGAUAGUUGCAAAAAUUAAAUCGCCUUAAAGGGAUAUUCUUACUUCCUACUACUACAAUCAAAAAAUUUUUCGUUGAAUGAUGUUUAAUGCUUAACAAAACGCAAUUACAUUAACCAAAAUGUUAAUCUAAUAUGUAUGUCUUGCAUUAGAGUGAUUAGGCAGUAGCAAUAAGAAAUUCUUGACAAUCUAAUAAAUCCACAAUGUAAUCGGGAUAUAAAUAAGUUACGUUUAGCUGCGCGUUUAAUGCGAAAUAUACAUCUAAUUCUAAGUGAUAAUUAAAUGAAAAUGUAUGGAAUACAAUGUAAAUAUGCACGCGUACACAUACGAACACGAACACACACACACACACACACACACACACACACACACACACACACACACACACACAGAGAGAGAGAGAGAGAGAGAGAGAGAGAGAGAGAGAGAGAGAGAGAGAGAGAGAGAGAGAGAGAGAGAGAGAGAGAGAGAGAGAGGGGGGGGAGAUUACAUUUAAUACAGAAAAAUUUUGAACUUGUAUAAUGUGAAAUCUCUCAUUCGAUAUAAUUGCAUUGAACUAAAGUCGUAAAAUUAUGUAUAUCUUAAAUAUUACUGUGUAAUAAUAUUGCAAGCAUUGUUUUUUUAACCGCAUUUUCUUACAUUUUCCAUAGUUUCAUCGGUAAAGCAACUAUUACUUUAAACUUUAUUUUUUAUCGAGGUAUAUUUAUUGCAAUUUUUUUUACGUAAUCUUUCAUAAUUUUUGCGUUAUUUUUUUACUACAAAUCUGAAAGUGUAAGAAAUAUCGCAUAUACAAAUCAAUCACUAUAAGUUUAACUUCUAAUUAGCACAUUUUCAAAGUGCAUUAUCAUGCUUUAAGCAAAACAUAUCGUUUCAUAAAGCGAAAAAAAUGUUUUAUAUAUAGAAAACUAAAAAGAAAUAGUUUUAAGUCUUAGUGUUAACAGUUGUUGGAAAAUGAAUAGAAAUAUUAGGAAACUGUUAAAUCACCCGUUUUCUCAACAUUCCUCAAUUUUGCAUACAUUUCUAAUGAUCAAGGCUAUUUUUGUAAUUAGCAAAGUGAAAGCUUAUGACAAAAUAUAUUAUUAUUAUUACUA